AAUGUCCUUCAUAUAAGCCGGUGACAAAGUGGCAAGCAUUGGCCCCCGGGAAGCAGAGAUCACAGCCAGCAAACAGAGAGAGAGAAAGAGAGAGAGGACAGAGAGAGAGGACAAAGAGAAACAGAGAGAGAGAGGAGAAGACCAGAGCAACGAGCACAGACGCUGGAUUCACAGCAACACAGCGGAGAGACACGGAGGAAACACUCUCCAGCAGACGAGCAGAAAACCAGAAGAAAGUAUCCUAAUCCACCUCAUCCCACCGAAAAGACCUGUUUUUUGGCUGUAGAGAUGGGUGUCACAUCUCGCCCUCAGUUAUUUGUUUGCGCGUAUUUGGCGGCUGCACUGAUUGGUGGAACCCGCUCCGAGGGGGUGUGUCUUCAAGACGGCAAGCACAAGGCCACGCCCGGCCCGGAGCCACAGCUGAGGGAGUGUGGGCUGUACGCUGACAAUAGCUGCUGCACAGAAGAAGACAUCCAGGACAUCUCCCAUGUUCCCUCUGCGAGCAAUAAGAAUGAUCCCUGGGACAAGUGUGGGCCUCUGAGUUCAGAGUGUGAAGGCUUCCUGAAGCGCGUGUCGUGUUUUUACCGCUGCUCCCCUGAUGCCGCGCGUUGGCCUCACCCCCACCGCCGCUCCUACAUCCAGGCCGUGCCACUCUGCCACAGCUUCUGCCGUGAUUGGUUUGAUGCCUGCAGGAUGGACAUGACGUGUGCUCGUAACUGGGCCAGAGACCCACGGGGGCAGAACUGCACUGGGACCUGUGUUCAGUAUCAGCAGAUGUACCAGAACGGCAGGGAUCUCUGCGAAAGCCUGUGGGGCGACGCCUUCAUGACCGUGGAGGAUGAGCCGGAGGAUGUGGGAGAGGCUGGAGAGGUUGGAGCUGGGGGGGGAGGAGGAGGCGUCAGCGGCGGUCGCCCCUGCGGCUGCCUGACCCUCAGUCCCUCGGACAAAGACGUGAUGGCCGCCCUCAGGGCGCAGCAGGAUGACCCGGAGGAGCUGGACACCACCAAGACGGGCCUGCCUCAGUACCGAGCCCCGUGCAAGACGAAGCUGCCCCUGCAGGCCAGGGGCGGCCGGAAGGGGAACUCGGUGCUGCGUAAGCGCUCCGUCAUCGUGGACGACAUGGAGGGCAGCGGCAGCGGCUUGUAGAGACGAGUGACAGAUAAUACAUAUUUAGAGGUUAUUGUAGUCUCUUGAAACGGAGUGGUAACCUCGCUCCUCUUACUAACCUUACCACACAGACCUAAACUGUCAUUAUCGUCACGCUCUACAUAUAAUCUCUGUGGUUUUAAAUGAUACUAGAUAGACCGAGAAGCACUUUGAAUAAACACCUGGGUCAGUUAUUUGAACUUACAUGUAAACAGCCAGGAUUUAAAAAAAUAAAUAAAUAAAAAGAAGCAAUUACUAUUAAAUCAAGGCAAAAUCCUCAGUUCUGCAAGGGCUCUGACAUCAGUUAUACAUCUAUUGAUAAUAUCCCAUAAUGGCUGCACAAAUGCUUUAUUUGCCAGCUAACAAUAUGAGGAUUUUUCUUUUUAAAAUAGUUGUAUUUGCUCUGUAUGGCUCAGUAAGCCACAUCACUGACAUUAUGAUAUGACGUGUGUGAAGUCUGGCACUAGGAAAUGUGAAGUCCUUCAGUAUUAAUGCUUGUGCAUGAAUCAAACAUGUUAUCAUGAACUAGUGGACUUUUCAUGCCAGUAUUGUGUACAUGAUGUACUUAACUAACCUGCUUUUUUCUUCAAUCAAUUCUUCUGUGCAUUAGUCAAUUGUUGAAUACAGAUGUUACUCUUGCGAUGCCGUGUCGUGUGGCCUACAUGUCUUUAAAGUGCAGAAGGUCCUCCAAACCAUACGACAACAUAGGUUGUUUAUUCCUCCGCGCUAAUAUGACCCACAGGAGCGUUGUCCGUCAUCAUAUCUAAACCAGAGAACGCAACAGUCCCAUUUUUUUUUACAUAAAGGUCGCAGUUUCAAACACAACGUUAACGUUGUGAAACGGUCCUAUAGUUUGGUUAGCUUUAGGCACCAAAAACUAUUGAGUUAAGUUUAGAAAAACACCGUAGGUUGGGUUAAAAUCAGACGUUCCUUCCCUCAUGGUUACACACGUGACGCUCAAAGUGACAUUCCUGAAGUUUAAAAAUCAAUAUGACGCAGUGUUGUAAUCGAGACCACUCAAACCGAGACCAAGUCAUCACCAAGACCACAGUGUAUCUGGACCGAGACAAGACCGAGACUUUGAGGGGUUGAGACUGAGACAAGACGGUACGAGACCGAGUCAAAACCAAGACCAGAUUUGUGUUAGACAGCCAGAGCUUCUUCUCCUGUGUCCCGCAUUCACUUUCUUGGGAGUGUGUGUAAAGGUGGCGGAGAUAGAUAUAGAUUAGAUAUGAGUCAAGUUAUUGGUUGCAUUUGCAAGUUUUAGCACUAUAGGCCUAAAUCAGACAAUGCACAGGCAAUUUAGCAAAAUCCAUGCGGUUGUGGUCUUGACCGGUCUUGAAAUAAAUCCUGAGUCCUCUUUACCCGAGUACUACGACACUGCUACGAUGUUCUUAAAGUUAAAAAGCAAUUUACGGUAUUUUCUGGGAUUUUCAGUGAACAGUCCAUAUAAACCCUGAUCUUAAGUCCUGUGUUGGUUAGAGCCAUCCACCACCCCACCAACCUACCUGCUUACGUGGAAAGUUGGCGCUCUUAUACUGAUACUGUCGUCCUACUCCCUGCUUUCCCUGUCAUAACUACUACAGUCGCCAAUAGAAACGUAGACAUGAGUUGUAAUUUCUGCUUGAACAAACAACCUAUGGGAGCGUUUUUGGGGAGAGGACAAAAGGUCACGCAGAGUAAUGAUGAUAAUGAAUGUAGCUUUCAAACAGGGAUUACUGGCCUGCAGUGUGAGGGAUCUGGUAUGAUAAUGACAAUGGAAAGAGGCAUGCCUAAUACCCGAGGGAAGGUUUAAUAUUCAGAAACAAAUCUGCCUCCAGAGUAAAUCCUGCAGAUGCAGCAUUCAAAGCAGCAAAGGUUGUUCUUGUAGUUAGAUCACGUAUAUCUCCAGUGUACUGUGGAUUUUAAGUUGUGUAUUUCUAGAGCGAGGCAUUGUUAGAUGUAAAUGUUUUGUAAAAAACUGAUUUAUGGUAAGCUUGCUGAGAUGGCGUGUUUCUUUGCUUUAUGUUCUCAAUAAAGACAAUGUUUCUAAAAGCCAA